AUGUAUUUCCUCGCUCUUAUCCCGCUCUACCUCGCCGCCGCCAACGCUCAGCAGGUCGGCACCCUCAAGACCGAGGUCCACCCCUCCCUUCCCUGGCAAAAGUGCACAAAGUCCGGCGGAUGCGUCACCCAGUCUCAGGGCAAGGUCGUGCUCGACGCCAACUGGCGAUGGGUCCAUACUACUAGCGGCUACGCCAACUGCUAUACCGGCCAGAAGUGGGACGCGUCCGUGUGCCCCGAUGGAGUGACGUGCGCUCAGAACUGCGCCGUCGACGGAGCCGACUACUCCGGGACCUACGGCAUCACCACGUCGGGCAACGCGCUGACGCUGAAGUUUGUGACCAAGGGCGAGAACUCGAACGUGGGAUCGCGAGUGUACCUGAUGGCGUCGGACGACACGAACUACGAGAUGUUCAAGCUGAAGAACCAGGAGUUCACGUUCGACGUGGACGUGUCGAACCUUCCGUGCGGACUGAACGGAGCGCUGUACUUUAGCGAGAUGGCGGCGGACGGAGGAAAGUCGAAGUACGCGAACAACAAGGCGGGUGCGAAGUACGGGACGGGAUACUGCGACGCGCAGUGCCCUCGAGACAUCAAGUUUAUCAACGGCGAGGCCAACGUCGCCGGAUGGACCGGAUCAGACACCGACGCAAGCUCCGGCAAGGGAAACUACGGCACAUGCUGCAACGAGAUGGACAUCUGGGAGGCCAACUCCAUCGCCAACGCAUACACCCCUCACCCCUGCACCGUCACCGGCCAGACUCGCUGCUCCGGCACCCAGUGCGCCGACUACUGCGACCAGCCCGGAUGCGACUGGAACCCGUACCGCAUGGGCGACAAGGACCUGUACGGACCGGGCAAGGUCGUGGACACCAAGAAGAAGAUGACGGUCGUCACCCAGUUCAUCACCGCCGACAACACCGCCAACGGCAAGCUGGUCGAGAUCCGGCGCCUGUACGUCCAGGACGGCAAGGUGAUCCAGAACACCAAGUCGACGAUUCCGGGUCUGACGCAGUACGACUCGAUCACGGACUCGUUCUGCGCAGCGCAAAAGUCGGUGUUCGAGGACGCGAACGUGUACGCGCAAAAGGGCGGGAUGGCGACGAUGGACAAGUCGUUCCAGGCCGGAGUGGUGCUGGUGAUGUCGAUCUGGGACGACCACGCGGCGCACAUGCUGUGGCUGGACAGCAACUACCCGCUGGACCGCGACGCCAGCAAGCCCGGCGUGGCUCGCGGGUCGUGCCCCACGAGCUCCGGGGACCCGAAGGACGUGGAGUCGCAGUCGCCGAACGCGUCUGUGACGUUCUCGAACAUCCGGUUCGGAGACAUCGGGUCGACGUACAGCGGCGGGUCGACGACGCCGAUCCCUAGCACGACGACGGGAGCUACGACUCCGGGGCCUACACCACGUCCGGGACUGUUCCUCGGUACGGACAAUGCGGAGGGCAAGGAUUACUGGACCGACUCAUGCGUUGCUCCAUACACGUGCAAGGUGACGAAUCAGUGGUACUCUCAGUGCCUGUGA